UUUCAAAUUUGUCCGCGCAUUGCUCCGAUUGGCCGAGAUGAGGGAGUAGCCACCCUUUACACCGAUGGUGCGAACGGUGUAAAGUGAUGCUGACUUGCACUGCUCGCAGCGUCGCACAGCGUCAACUAGCGUCAACUGGCGUCAACCGUCGAUCGUCAAUCGCGUUUAGUGGUUUAGUCGAUGCGCGCAGUUUGUGCGUGUAACCGGGUAUUGUAUGGUAUCGGGGUACGCGGAUACGCCAGGGUACUACACCUGCCUCCGUUCGCUUCGACGCUUCUCUCCGCAUAGAAAAGAAUCAGGAGCCGAGGAGAACGAUUCGAAAAGAUUGCAAACGCUACGCCAAGUGGCUCGUGCAUCAAAGAACAAUCAAAGAGUGAAUAUCCUGAGAGUGCCGUGGAAGGUGAGCCCGCGAGAUGAGUACUCCGGUGAAGAAGGUACCCAUUCAUCUGCAGAGCGCGCAGAACAGAUUGUUAAUUAAAAAUGGCAAGGUUGUGAACGACGAUGGAAUAAUCGACAGCGAUGUUUACAUCGAGGAUGGCAUCAUCAGACAAAUGGGACGUAAUCUCAUUAUCCCGGGUGGCACGAGAACCAUCGAUGCUCGUGGAAAAUAUGUAAUGCCCGGUGGCAUAGAUCCACAUACACAUUUCGAGUUUGAGUUUAUGAAUACCAAAACGGUAGAUGACUUUUAUCAGGGCACAAAAGCCGCAGUCGCUGGCGGUACCACGAUGAUUAUCGAUUUUGUGGUGCCGCGAAAAGACGAGAGCCUCGUGGAGGCUUACGAGAGAUACAGGCAAUCGGCGGACCAAAAAGUAUGCUGCGAUUAUGCGUUGCACAUCGCCGUCACAUCUUGGAAUCCGAAGGUCAAAGAGGACAUGGCGACUCUGGUGAAAGAGCACGGCGUCGGUAGCUUCAAAAUGUUUAUGGCGUACCACGAUAUAUUUAUGCUCAGAGAUCCGGAGCUGAUCGAGACUUUCAAGACAUGCAAGGAGAUCGGCGCUAUUGCAAUGGUGCAUGCGGAGAACGGCGACCUUAUCGCGGAGAAUGCGAAGAAAUUACUAGCCGCAGGAGUAACUGGCCCAGAAGGCCACGAAAUGUCACGCCCUGAAGAGGUCGAAGCGGAGGCUGUGAAUAGAGCAUGCGUUAUCGCGAAUCAGGUGAAUAGUCCAUUAUACAUAACGGCGAUUUCAAGCAAGUCGGCUGCCGACGUUGUGUCGGCGAAGCGAUCGGACGGUAUCAUCGUUUUCGGGGAAACCUUGGCAAGCACCAUCGGUAUCGAUGGUAGCGAGCAAUAUGGCAAAGACGUGGAAAGAGCAAGGCGUUUUAUUACUAACCCACCGUUGCGGCCUGACCCAACGACACCUGCCUAUCUAACUGAACACCUGGCCCAAGAUAAUCUUCAAACUACCGGCAGCGAUAAUUGUACGUUCAAUGCCGAGCAGAAGGCUCUGGGCAAAGACGAUUUUACGAAGAUUCCUAACGGCGUGAAUGGUGUGGAGGAUAGGAUGGCAGUGCUCUGGGAGAAGGGUGUGCACGCUGGUAUAAUGGACCCUAUGCGAUUUGUUGCAGUUACCAGCACAAAUGCUGCCAAAAUUUUCAAUCUGUAUCCUCGAAAGGGUGUUAUAACCGUCGGCUCAGACGCCGACAUUGUCGUCUGGGAUCCCAACAGGAAACGUACCAUUUCCGCUCAGACCCAUGUCCAGGCUGUUGACUUCAACAUCUUCGAGGGUAUGGAAGUAACUGGGGUACCUGAAUAUGUGAUUGUCAAUGGACGCGUAUGCGUGGACGAGUGCGAGCUCAAAGCUGUUCAUGGCUUCGGAAAGUACAUAAACGCGGAUCCAUUCGGAACCUAUGUGUACGACAUGAUAAAUGACAAAGAAAAGAAACCACGUGGAGUCGCACGAACCGAAGCAGAGGCAAAGAGACAUGCCGAAGAAGACGCCGCAAUUGCAAAGGCUAAGGAACAAGCGGCAGCUGCGGCAGCGGCACGAGUCAAUCAGAAUGGUUCAAUUCACGACAGUCCAAAGAUAAAAUUGCAAUCUGUCACUUGUGUACCUACUUUGCCGGAAUCCGCCGUGGUGACACCAUCCACGAAGGGUCCGAGACUCGAAGGGCAAAGAAACCUACAAGAUUCUACUUUCUCUAUCAGCGAGGAUGUCGAAGAAGCACGAAGGGCAUGCAUUCGCGUAAAUAAUCCACCGGGCGGGCGCAGUGCGGGAGGUUUUUGGAAACAAGAGGAAUGAUGGGGACAACGACGAUAAUCUCGCAUAAGUACAUGUUUAUUAAUAAUAAGUGAUGUGCACAUAAAAAGUUACAGUAUACUGAAAUACUGACGGAUCGUCAUUCCCGGCCCAUGGACACACACACAUCAUAAAUGUUAAAAUAAUACAUGAAUCGAUCGCGGAAAAAAGAUAGGAGAUAGCACGUAGUCGCUUACGUUUUUAUCUUUACACAUUGGAAAUUCUCACGAAAAAUAUGUCACGUUUCUAGAUUACUAUAUUGUGAAGAGCAUUUUGUCGAUACGAUUACGAUAUAACAUCACAAUCUAACAAUAAAUAAAGGAAUAUGAAGAGAUUGUAUCUGUAACAGAGAAAGAAUAACAAGAGCUUGUACUGCUUGUCCACGUUUAUUAUAUUGCUUAUUUGA